AUGAGAACGGCUGCAGACUCUGAUAGUGCUACAUCAGAGAGUGAUGUUGAGAAUUCGUAUAACACUGUCAACGAAGUGGAAACUGAUCCUGCGUCUCUUAAUGGUUGUUUGUGUUUGGUUUAUAAAAAUAAAAUAAAAUACGAUUCCGUGUGGUAGCUAUUUUCCCCUAACCCAUUUCUCUUACCCUCUCCCAAGUCCCGGCAAACCUUCAAAAAGGCCUUUGGGGCCACAACUAUAUAAUGUUAGGAAAUCUGUUGACAUUUAUCAUUUGACAUUAUGCCUCGGAAGUGUAAAGAUUGUCCCAUCUGCGACAAGCGAGCUUUAAAAAGAUUGGCAAACCAUUUGGCAGACGUUCAUGAACUUUCUUCCGAAGAAAGACAACCUUAUCUUAUUCGUGCUAAGCCAACAGCUUUACUCCUUUAGACUUAGAAAAUGUUUUAGCAGAGUUGUACAGAUUAAUUGGGAACAGUAAAAAGCAGUCAAAGUUGAAUAAAAGCGGGAUAAAGAAUAUACCCAUCCGUCAACCAAAAUCCUCCAGGAAGAGAGCAAAAUCGAAUACAAAACCUGCAAAGAACGUGGACAAUACAGAAAUGAAUGAUGGUUCAAAGGAGCGGUUAAAGUUAGAAACAAAAACGGGAUAA